UAAAAAAAUUCUUAAGAGAAAGGAGAAAAUUGGGAAAAUUCACAAAAUUCCUCGACUUUUGGCACACCUUGCUGGUGAAGAAGUUAGUGCCCCAUAUCGGUGCUAUAUCUAAUAAAGUUGCCGCGGGGUUUGCAUGAUUGACUUGCGAUCGGCCCGGGGGGUAGUCCUUUGUGUUGCCGCGUGGGGGAAGUUACGUCUUACACGGGGCUUCUCUUGUGCUGUAGAGAGUGUGCCAAGAAGUGUGCUGGCGCGAAGGGUGGUUAGUGGGAAAAUCAAACGUUUUUCGGGGGAGCGCGUCGUAAAAUUGGUGCUUUGCGGAUCGAAGAAAAACACCUCAAGUGGCUCAUUGGCGCGCUAGGAAACCCCCAAUGGGGGUGGCACGUGGUGUGGGUGGUGGUGAAGCCGAAAGGUCACCCACAGACACACAAGUCACAGCUGAGGGGGACCCAGCACCGGAUCCGCCGCAUGAAAUGCAGUCUCAGGUGGGAAUCUCACCUGAACACACGCCCAGGGGUGCAGCAGCAGAGUCGAGAGAGACGAGCGACAUGGCGGCUAAGGGAUGGAGGAGUCGAACACUCCAACUGGCAAAAUCCUCAAAUCGCCUCAAUGCCUUGAUGAGCGAUUCCGGUGGUUUGGGUGCCAGGCAGCGUCGAAGAGGCUUCAACAGGCGCCAGGAAUCGAUGCUGGAGCUAGAGGUGGAGGCUGAGGGUAAACUGAAGCUGUUCGUAACACCCCAGACGCAUAUUGAGAAGAUUUGUUUGGUCAUUGAGGAGGCAAUUGUGCGCAAAAUGGGUGAAGAUGAGGACAACAAGGAGUACGAUCCCAUCCGGGCGAAGCUGAUGUGUCAGGCACUCAGCAAGGAUAUCAGGAAUCGCGUGAAGGGGCUGAAUUUGCGACGAUACCGCAUUGUCUGCCUCGUGACGAUCAUUGAGAAAUUUCUGCAGUCCAUUGACUACAAGAUGAAGCUUCUUCUGGACCCCGAUAGGGACUUUUUUGCAAAUUUUAAAUUCGAGAAUGCUCAAUUCUAUAUUCUCGCCACGGUCUAUGUCAUCUACAAAGACUGAAAAUCGUGAUGCAGCAAUAAAUGCAAAAUUAUUUAACACGAUGGCAAGGUUUUGUUUAGUCUGCACGACUGCAGGUGUUUCAGAUCAUUUUUUUGAAAGAGUUUUUUUUUAGUCUUUUUCGCGAAAUUAAACAAUGUUCAAUAUUUUUGUGAUUUUUGCACUCAUCACCCUCCUCAUUGAUGGGGGGAGUACAGCUGGUGUGGAAGAUGUGUGCCAGAGGAGAUGCAAUAAAACAGAGAUUUACAUGGAGAUUGAUUUUCAAUUUAACAUCUGCUACGUCUACGAUGAUGGAAAUUCGAGUAAUUUGGGGCAGAUGAUUUGGGCAGCAAAUCACCGAGACAUUCCUGAAGAGUUCUUAUUCCUUCUGGAAGUUCCUCUGGUUAUUUCUAUUCCCUUCGAUGCUGAUCUUUUUGUCAUAGAUGGGAAAAAUAUUCAUGAAGAUCAUAAAAUGCGCGAAGUUAAAAAAUUGAAGUAUGAAAUCGACCCAGAAUGUGAACAUCUGGAACAAACAAAUCCUCAGGAAAAUCUUGAAAAUCUGGAAGAAAAUCCUAUAAAAUACAAAAGCUGUAAAGAAGAAAAACACGAGCUGGAAUUUCAAGACAUUCCAAAAGCAGAAGAAAUUCCCAAAGAUUUCCACGUCAAAGAUUUUGUGAAAAAUGAAGAAUUUACCUGGAAAUUACACAAAGAAGAUGAUUUAUUGGAUGAUCCAGAGGAUAUGCCAGGCAGUUUUGAAUCCGAGGAGGAGCCUUCAGAAAUUUAUUAUGAAGAAGAUUGCUGGGAAUUCGAUGAGGCUGCGGUAAUUGUUUCUAGCCAGGAACCUAUUGAUACGAUAAAUCAUGAAAAAUUUAUGGAAAAUCAAGUUAAUUCUGAAGGAAAGCAGCAGGUAGAUCAAGAGUUUUUUGAAGAUAAAUUUGAAGAAAAGCAUCAAGAGUAUUCUGAAAUUAAACAUGAAGAGAAGCAAGAGGAAUUGCGGGAGUAUCCUGAAAUAAACUCUGAAAACGAUCAGGAAGAUCAGGAGAACCCAGAAAUAAAACCUGAAGAAAACAAGGAGGAGCUUGUUUAUACAGAAGUUCCAGAAGAGGAGCAGCAAGAAGAUCAGGGAAACCCAGAGGAAAAAUCUGAGGAGAGGCAACAUGAAUACCCCAAGAAUUUCGUAAUUAAUUUUGAGGAAAAGCAGCAAAAAGAGCAGGGACAUCAGAAGGAUUAUAUAGAUACAAAAACUGAAAUGAAGCAGCAGUAUCAGGUGUAUCCAGAAGACACACCUGAAGGAAAUCAUCAAGAAUAUCCUGAAGUAAUACUUGAUGAAAAGCAGGAAUAUCUAAAAGAAGAAGAAAAUAAUCCUCAAAAUCUGGAAUAUUCACAAAUUAAUACUGAAGAGAUGCAAAAGGAGAAGGCGGAGUACUCUGAAUUUGAUCCUGAAGAAAAACACCAUGAAGAUCAAGAAUAUCCUGAAAUAGAACAAGAAAA